AUGACCGCUGUUCAUGUAUCAAUUUUAGUGGGUUUAGCAAUUCUGAACAUUUCAGCUGAAGAUUUAAAGAUUUUUGUUCUCAAUCAGUUCCAGAAGAUGUUUUUCAGCAACAUGCACUUGUUUUCAAUCCUCAUCUUUAAAGUAAUGCUGAAACUAAGUCAUAGCGUGGUUCAUUUUUCCAUAACAUCUUGGGAAAAUUGUCCUGGAAAUCAAACAGCUAAAUUUUAUAUUGACAUCAAGGAAGCUUUUGGUGCUCCCAACAGAGUGACAUUUUCUGGAUAUAUUGAUGUUGAACGAGAGAUCACAAGCAUAUCGGAAGUCUUAGUUGAAACUAAUCGGUGCGACAUUGAAAUGAAAACAUGUGAAAAAUUAUUUCCAGUCAGAUUUACUGACUUAUGUAAAAAAAUCAACGAUAAGACAGCGUUUUAUUAUGAAGUUUUUGCAGCAAUACAUCCACCUCUCAAAUGUCCAAUUGAAGUUAACCGAUAUACGGCUAACAAUUGUUCAGUAGACUUGAGUGCAUUGUCUUUUCUUCCUUUAAGAGAUCACGUUUGGAGAACCAAAACUAAACUUUUUAGUGGUAAAGGAAAAGCACGAGAAAUUAUAUUUUGCUUAGCAAGUGAAAUGAAAAUUGUUCAGGUUAGAAGGAAAAAAACUUGA